ACAUAAACAUUGAUAUUUCAGUCAACUAAGAAAAGAACAAAUAAAUGAAGACAAGGCUCCCAUAGGCCAUAACUUCAAAAGAUUAUAAAGCCACAUUAACAUUGUCUCUUAUGGUCAAAGAACUCUCUCAUUCCUCUCCUCUUAGUCAUUUUCUCUUUCUUUUUCUCCCAAGAACCCACUUGUGCGAUUACACUGGGUUUUUUUGUUGUCGUUGUUGUUUCCUUUAAACAUACAUCUUUGCCUUAGUUUCGAUGGAACAAGAACAAGUAUAUGAUUCUACUAAAGAAUGGAGUGCUAAAGUUCCAAAACAAAGGAAAUUUGUAGGGGUAAGACAAAGGCCUUCAGGAAAAUGGGUAGCAGAGAUCAAGAACACAACACAGAAGAUCAGAAUGUGGCUUGGGACAUUUGAUACAGCCGAGGAAGCUGCACAGGCUUAUGAUGAGGCUGCUUGUCUUCUCCGAGGAUCAAAUACUCGAACGAAUUUCCAUAAUCAUGCCCCUGUCAAUCCUGCUCUAUCUAUAAAAAUUAGAAAUCUCCUCAACCAGAAGAAAAGCCUCAACAAGAUCAACUCCAAAAAUCCCACCAGUAUGCAGAAUAAUACUACAACUGCUGCUACUGCUACUUCUACUACUAUUUCUUCUUGUACAAGUUCUCUUAGUGUAAGCAAUAGUUUUAGUUCUAACACUGAUACUAGUGGCUCAAGAAGUCAUCAAAAAACUCAGAUAUUUGAUGAUGCAUAUAAACCAGAUUUGAGCAACUUUAUGGCUGGAUUUGAUCAAAUGGGGUCUUCUAAUUUUGAUCAUUCUUCAACGUUUUCAACUGAUUUUGAUAGGAUUCUUUUGGAUGAAAAAGUUGGUAAUUUUCAGGUACCAAAAGGAGGGGUUGUUAAUGAGAUAGGAAAUGUUGAAGAUCAGGUUACUGAAUUUGAACACAUGAAAGUUGAGAGGCAAAUAUCAGCAUCACUAUAUGCUAUGAAUGGAGUGAAUGAGUAUUGGGAGAAUAUUCAUGAUUGUAAUAUUGAUGCUGCUGUUUGGGAUCUUCCUAUGCUCUACCAAAUGUUUUGUCCUAGUUAGGAAUUGUUUUAGGCCUUUCUCUAUCUCUUAUCUUGAUAAUUGAAGUUAAUCUUCAAAUUCAAGCUACUCAAUGAGUUUCAAAUAUAUAUUGAGAGUCUUUUUAGAUUCUUGAGAUUUGGAUCAAAUUAAACCUUAAGGCUUCAUAGUGAAAGUUGUUGGCAGAGGCGGAUCCGGACUUUAGAUUCUAUGGGUUCAACU